UAGGGUAAAAUUGGGAAGAUGGAAAGAGCGGGAAUACAACACAGCCAUUUUAGUAGAAGCACAGAUAGAGGUUGGUCGCACAAGGAAACCAAAAAUGGCACCUCCCAAUUCCCGCCGUCCGUUCAAACGCUUGCCCAUCUCCGAUCAGCAGAAACGACGAGAGCUGGCGCUACUCCGACAGGAACAAAAUCGACGGGACUCUCAGCACCACGCUCGCUGUAUAGCAUCCUCCGUCCUCUCUCUCCAAAACCGGGAGGAUCCCCAACCGGAAAUUGAAAUUGAAAUUGAAAUUGGAAUUGAACCUGAACCAGAGCUCUCUCCCAAACCUUCAUCUCCUACCUCUAGGGAUUUCGACGUUCGUCAGGCCUCCAAGCUCAGAGGCCCUGAAGUUCGUCAAUGGUUUGCCCGACAGCUCAUGCUCCCUGAGUGGAUGAUCGACGUCCCUCCUCGAUUAAACAUUGACUGGUAUGUUUUUGCAAGACCUGCUGGCAAGCGGUGCUUUGUCGUUUCUUCUGAUGGAACAACUGUUAGUAGGCUCCGUAAUGGUUCUAUCCUGCAUCAUUUCCCUUCUGCUUUACCUAAUGGGGCCAGGACAAAAGACAUUUCCGGUCCUGCACACUCAUUUUCUAUUCUGGAUUGCAUUUUUCAUGAACCAGAUCAAACUUACUAUGUGAUUGACAUGCUUUGCUGGCGAGGGUACUCUUUAUAUGACUGCAGCGCUGAGUUCCGGUUUUUUUGGCUGAAAUCUAAGCUUGCAGAAACUGGAGCGUGUGAUCCUCCUUCACAGUAUCAUAGAUAUAGAUUCAGUUCAGUCCCCAUUUACGAUUGUGAUCAUAUUGGCCUACAGGAGGCAUAUACAGGUGCUUUACCUUACACCAAAGAUGGCCUAUCGUUCUACAACAAACAUGCACAUUAUCAAACAGGGAACACACCACUGGCAUUAGUUUGGAAGGAUGAGAACUGUAGCCAAUACGUCCUUGAUACAGAUAGUAAAGGACAGGUUCCAGCUCAGCAACAGGUGGUUUUGGAGCUUCAAGACGAUGGAAAACUGACAACAUCAGAUGAUCCUCCAGUGGUAUGUGGGUGCUUGGAUACAAAUUUUAUGCAGCAGUCAGGAUUGCAAUCAGGAAGUCUAUUGCGUUUUGUUGUUGGUGAAGGAGGCUUCAUAUUUAUGGAUGGAAAGCUUGAGAAGGCUGAUAUACAUUACAUUGGCAAAGUCAACCGUGCACGUGCUUUUGCAGAUAGCUACUCUAAGAUUCUAUUCCAGUAUAGUGCUCGACGCUCUCCGCUAAAAAUUGAUGAUCUGGUAGCAUCUAUUAGCUCAUGUCACGGUCAAGAAGAUGGAAGUCCUGAUGUCGAGAUGGUUGGUUGAUGAUUGACAAUAAUUCAAAAGGGAGAUAAUAAUCCUUAGGUCGAGUACCAUUUGCUAUGUGGUAUCAACAUUCCCGGAACAACAGUGGCUCUCAACUCUCAAGUCUCUUGAAGGCGACAUUGUUUGUCAGGUCUGUGAUUAACAUUUGGAGUCAAAUUCAAAUUACUGACCGAUGCCUUGUGAGUAGCAAAUUGGUUCAGUAACCCUUAUGGCAAGAGAUUCCUUGGGUAGCAGUGACCCUUUUUCAUCUUUAUUUACCAUGUGCCAUUUUGCUCAUAAAUUGGAUACAACCCCGGCAUUGUUGAUAAUGUAUCUCUGUUCUGCAGGUUUUCCAUCAACAUAGUUUGGUACAGUAUUGUAUUUACAUGAGCUAUCUAAAUCUAGGCAAUUAGAAUUCCAGUUUCUCUUACAAA